UUGGUUUUGUGUUUCAAAACAAAAGCGUUUUAUCAGUGCAGUUGAUUGGAAGAUGUUUUACGUACUUGUAAAAAAAGAGUGAGAUGUUUUAAGAGGUUAUGUAUGCCGGGAAGAAGUAUUUUGCCCCAGAAAGUGCGUCAACCCAAUUCUUUUCCAAUAAGAAACAUUUGUAGAUAAAAAUUGGUUGUUUUAUUAAAUUAAACAAUCAUAAAGUAGUGAAAAUUCAUUGAAGACAGGUGCGAAGGCUACAGAGUUCCGGAAACUGAUAAGAGGCAGUGAUUAAUAGCUAUAUGCCACGUUGUUUGCAAUAGUCAUUUAUUGGGCAGAAUGCGGAGGAACUCUGCGAGAAUUGUUAAAUUAUCAAUUAUCUUCCUUGUUGCGGUUGUUGUUAUGAUUCUCCUGUACAGAUCAUUAAAUAGCACAUUGAAUUUGCCAACAAAGAAGGAGAAGGUAGUAGAGCAUCCCAGACAUGGGGCAUUCUUCUCUGGAUCACCCAAAAAUGUUCACAAAAAGAAAAUAGACUGGCAUGACUAUGAAGCCAUUAAGAGUGAUUCAGCGAGGGAGGGUAUUGGGGAACGGGGAGUUGCAGGAUUAGUUCCUGUGGAGGAGAAUGAUCUCAAGGAGUCCAUGUACAGAUCAAAUGGAUUCAAUGCACUCCUAAGUGAUAAAAUAUCCGUCAAUCGAUCAAUUCCUGACAUUCGUCACAAAAAGUGUAAGGAUAAAAAAUACUACAGUGAAUUGCCUUCAGUGAGUGUUAUUGUGCCAUUCUAUGAGGAACACUGGAGCACAUUGCUCAGAACUGCCUAUAGUGUCCUCAAUCGGUCCCCUCCCGAAUUAAUUGCAGAAAUCAUUCUGGUGGAUGAUGGAAGUGAGAAAACAUUCCUGAAAGAUCCCCUGGAUCGGUAUGUUGAAUCGAAAUUGCCCAAAGUCAAGGUGAUUCACUUGCCUGAACGAAUGGGCCUAAUUGGGGCAAGAUUGGCUGGUGCUAAGAGGGCCACAGGUGAUGUUCUGGUCUUCUUAGAUUCCCACACAGAAGCCAAUGUCAAUUGGUUGCCACCAUUGCUGGAUCCCAUUGCAGAGAACUAUCGGGUGUGCACUUGUCCUUUCAUUGACGUAAUUGCUCAUGAUACGUUUGAGUAUCGGGCGCAAGAUGAAGGUGCCCGAGGGGCUUUCGAUUGGCAGUUUCACUACAAGAGACUGCCAAUUCUGGAGAAGGACAAGGAACAUCCCGAUGAACCUUUUGCCAGUCCUGUGAUGGCUGGUGGGUUGUUUGCCAUUAGUGCAAAGUUCUUUUGGGAACUCGGUGGCUAUGAUCCGGGGUUGGAUAUUUGGGGUGGUGAGCAGUACGAAUUGAGCUUUAAGAUUUGGCAAUGUGGUGGAGCGAUGUAUGACAUUCCCUGUUCACGUGUUGGCCACGUCUAUCGAGGGCCAAUGGAUGCUCGACCUAAUCCCAGAAAAGUUGACUUUGUGUCGCGGAACUACAAAAGAGUAGCCGAAGUUUGGAUGGAUGAGUACAAGAAUUAUUUGUAUGAGAGGAAACCAGAGAAUUACAGAGAUCUUGAUCCGGGAGAUCUCAGUGAACAAAAGGCUGUCCGUGAGAGGCUAAAAUGCAAACCAUUUAAGUGGUUUAUGGAAGAGGUGGCAUUUGAUUUGAUCAAGAAGUAUCCACCAGUUGAACCUCCAGACUAUGCCAGCGGAGUCAUUCAGAACGUUGGAAGUCCUCAUCUCUGUGUUGAUACUCUAAAUGCAGGCAAUGGAGGCACAUUUGGUCUCUUUCCGUGUGCUUCAAAUUUCGAGAGACCACAGAAAAAUCAAUGGUGGGCACUGUCAUGGCGACAGGAUCUGCGGCAGAAGCAUGAGGAAUUCUGCUGGGAUGUCUCGAGCAGUGAAAAGAAUGCUCCAAUUCUGCUUUGGCACUGUCAUACUCAGGGUGGCAAUCAAUACUUCCGAUACGAUCCAGAGAAACAAUGGAUCCUGCAGGGAGUCUACGAGCGUUGCGUAGAGGGAGAUCCAAUAGACAAGAAAAUUUAUGUGAAUCAGUGUGACGAAAAUAAUUUGAAUAUGAAAUGGAAGUGGGGUUUCCUCAAUCAGACAGCAAUGGACAUGUGGGAGGACGAGAGGAAGAGAUUGAACAAAAAACACUAAGUCCUAUAUCCGUCAAUAAAAAAAAAACAAACUUAUCAAUUUUAGGUAUAAAAAAUGGAAAAUUGUUCAACUUGCCAAUACUAGUAUUGUACAUUUCCAUCAUGAGAAAUAGUAUCUAGUCUUAAGAAAUUGAUCAUAUCGCAGAAAAUAAACGCUCAAUCUAUUUUACAAGUUA